GCCGACUCACUUUUGACAGAAGCGCACUUUUCGCUCACUGUCACUCCAGGAGACAGUCGUUUGUUUAGACAAGUCCCCUGCCGCUGCCAGUGCCAGGCUCCCCACAUCUCUCUUACCUUUCAAUCCGCUCCGCACGGAAAGGCCAGACCAGCUCCCGAUCCAGGAGCCCUAGAAGCUUCUCUCUCCUCUCCUCUCCUCUCCUCUCCUCCCUUGUACUUCGCUCCCGCUCCCGCCUGCUUCCGUCGUAAGAUUUCCUCCCCUGCGAUCUCUUCUCCGCUCGACUCGAUCAGACCGAUCGAUCCGCAUCGGAUCCUGCAUUUUGAAUUCGCCGCGGCGGCGCUUCCGCUUCCGCUUCCGCCGUUUCGCGAGAGUUGUCGAUCCGUGAAUCCGGGCGGCUGCGUGUUCGGCGCGCAUUCCCAUGGGGAAUCGGCCGUGAAUCGAGGCGUGAAGCUGCCUUUGAUUCGUCCCGAAGGUAUAAGCGCGUCGCGUGCUCCUCUCGUCUCGGGCCUCGGCCUCCGCCAUGGAUAACCGCGGCGACUCCGACGCAUCUCCAUUCUUAAGUAUUUUUGCUGCAUUGUCUUAUGGGAUCGCUUCGAUGGCCAUGGUCUUCAUUAACAAGGCAGUUCUGAUGCAGUAUUCAAACUCGAUGACCCUUCUUACUUUACAGCAAUUGGCCACAGCAUUGCUUAUUCACUUCGGGAGAGUCGCAGGAUACAUAAAAGCACAAGGAGUGAACUGGGAAACUGCAAGAAAGCUCCUCCUGGUUUCACUAUUUUACAAUGCGAAUGUUGCAUUCGCUUUAGCAAGUUUGAAAGGAGUUAAUAUCCCUAUGUAUAUUGCAAUAAAGAGGCUCACACCACUUGCUGUGCUGGUAGCUGGAUUUUUUCGGGGAAAGGGAACACCUACUCCACAGGUUACUCUCUCUGUUCUUUUGAUUGCUGCUGGAUGUCUCAUCGCAGCCAUCGGAGACUUUUCUUUUGAUCUUUAUGGAUAUAGCAUGGCCUUUACUUCUGUGUUUUUUCAGACUAUGUACCUUGUGUUAGUGGAGAGGUCUGGUGCAGAAGAUGGACUUUCAUCUGUCGAGAUAAUGUUUUACAACAGUUUUCUCUCUCUUCCAGUCCUGCUUUUUCUUAUCAUUGCCACAGGGGAGUUUCCAAAUUCCCUAUCAUUGUUGAUUGCAAAGAGUAAUUCACUAUCCUUUUUGAUGCUGCUCAUUGUUUCACUAAUAAUGGGGAUUGUUCUCAACUUCACCAUGUUCUUGUGUACCAUUGUCAACUCUGCCCUCACAACAACAAUAGUUGGAGUCCUCAAAGGGGUUGGUUCCACGACUCUUGGUUUUGUCUUGCUGGGUGGCGUGCAAGUACAUGCCCUAAAUGUGACUGGCUUGAUGAUUAACACUGCUGGGGGUGUGUGGUACUCCUACGCAAAAUAUCAGCAAAAGAAGAGCAAGCAACUGAAGACGAUGACAGAUCUUGAGGCCCACAAAAAAUAAAAAUGAAGAAAAAAGAGAUGUCAAGUCUGGAAGUCUGCAGCCAGAGAUCGUGUCAACCGAUGGAUCCUUUUUCAUGGUGUGCUGUAUUAUAGGAAGUCCAACUAGCAAUUGAAUCUAAUUGUCACCAUGCUGUUCCUUUGCAGAAUCGACCCUGGGAGCUUGCACACACAACGCAGUCGGUGGCAUCUAUUACGGUCCGCCAUUCUGCUUAGGUUCAAUUCCCAGAGCACCCAUGUGAGUCGGUCUAAGUUGCUGAUCAUUAUUUUUUCUUUCUAAAAUUUUCUUGAUUUGCAGAGGUCUUGCUUUUGUUAUUCAAUAUUAUUGGUCUUUAAGCAUAAUUUUCAUAGGAAAUGGGAUAGGGUACCCUAAGUUGAAUGGACCCUUUAUCUUUAGAUAAUUAGUUGGCUAGUGUAUCUGGGUAUGAAAGCUCUCCUGGAGAAGGCAUGCAUUACACGAGGCAUGUCACGUAGCCUGUUUGUGCUUAUUGGACUGAUCGAGUGUAAUCCAAAGAUCAACGAUUCUGGUCUGAGUCAAACGUUGAAGCUCAAUUCAUGCGCAGCUCGUCAGUCAAAUUUUCCUCAGGGCAGAUAAUGAGCUCUGUCAUUCGCUUGAUGCUUAGCCGUAAGUAUGUAAAUGCAAUGUUUAACUAGACUA